AAUAGCCCGUCGUGCGAGCCUCCCAUUGGGGGCCCACUAUGUCAAAAGCGAGAGAAACCCCAUCCUCUCUUUCCAUUUUUCGCCUCCAUGUCCCCACACGGAAGACAUGGGGACGUAACAAAGGGGAUCCUAUCAACUUGUUCCGAGAGCUUAUUUGGGUUUCUCAAUCUCUUCCUCCAGGUGAGUUUCAGAACUUAUAUUCCCCACUUUUCAAUAUCCAAAAAGAAUUAACCUUGGAUAAAAAUAUGCGUAUGUGUACACUACCACUGUUCAAAAACCCAAAAAAUGGGGGAUUUGCAAUGGGUUAUGGAGCAUGGUUGGAGGUGAUUCUUCCCUCAAUUACAGUGUAAUAUGAAGUGCGAGGUCCUCCAGUUGAGCGCCACCGCUCGCCGCCAUCUCCACCUCCGCACCUUCAUAAACGCUAGAAUCAAAUGGGUCCGCGAUCCGUAUCUCGACGCAGCCGUAGAGAGAGAAAAAAACCUCAAAUCCUUACACUCACUGAAAAACCUCAUCCUCUCUCACCCAUCCCAAUCCCUACCCCUCUCCGCCAUCUCCCCUCUCAAACCCCACCUCUCCCUCCCCACCACCGCCGACAAAUUCAUUCAGUCCUAUCCCUUCAUCUUCAAAAUCUUUCUCCCGCCAAAUAAAACCAAUCCCUUCCCCCACGUCAAGCUCACCCCCAAAGCCCUCUCCAUCCACUGCGACGAGCUGCUGCACCUCAACAUGUCGCGCUACCGCCUCGACCUCGCCCAGAGACUCGCCAAGCUCCUCAUGAUCGCGCGAGGCGGAAGGCUUCCGCUUCACUUAAUCGAUACGCUGACCUUCGAUUUAGGAUUGCCUCAUGAUUAUCUACUCACAUUGUUGCCUGAAUUCCCUGAUUAUUUCCAGAUCUGCGAUUUAGGGUUUAGGGAUUCGAAUGGGGAAAUCGUCUUCGGAUUGGGGCUCCUCAACUGGAGAGACGAUUUAGCCCUUUCUGAAAUGGAAAAGAGGCGGGAUUGUGAUUUGAAUGGAAUGCAGAUCAAGUAUUCGAUGAAUUUACCGAAAGGAUUUGAUUUGCAGAAAAGAGUGGAGGACUGGGUGGAGCAACAAUGGCAGCAUUUACCCUACAUUUCGCCGUACGAGAACGCGUUCCAUCUGUCUCCGAACAGCGAUCACGCGGAGAGAUGGAUGGUAGGCGUGAUCCACGAGCUCCUGAGCUUGAUGGUGACGAAGAAGACGGAGAGGGAAAAUGUGUUCCGAUUUGGGGAAUUUCUAGGGAUUGGGCGGGUGCGGGUGAAGAAGGCGCUGGUUCAUUUUCCGGGGAUCUUCUACGUGUCGAAUAAGAUCCGAACACAGACGGUGGUGUUGAGGGAGGCAUAUAGGAAGAAGCUGAUGACGGAGAAGCAUCCGUUGAUGGCGAUCAGGAAUAGGUAUAUAAGUCUAAUGGAGUUGGUUUUGAGAAGGGGAAGGCCGGUUAGAGGAGCAGCUGUUCGUCGGAGAGAGAGAGGGAGAACUUGCUUGAGAGUUGUCAGCAAUAAGAAGGAGGAUUGGAAUCGAUGGAGGAGAAGCGAUGAUGAUGAUGAUUGAUGAGCAUUUUCCUUAGAGACCAUAAAUAUAAACGUCCAUUAAACGAAGUAGUGCUCACAUGUAAGGGCACAAUGAGGAGUGAUAGUGAGGAUGAAUACAAAUACUGUGUUUACAGCUCAGAUGUUGCAACUGGUUAUGGUGUUGGUGCACUUCUAUUACUGAUGGCAAGCCAAGUGAUUAUAAUGGCUGCAAGUAGAUGCU